AUGUUGAUUGAAAAUAACUUUAACCGAUUUAACGUUUUGUUUCAUGUGCGGUGGCGGGUUGCAGAGCGCAGCUGGAGACUACAUCCACCAGCUCGCCCCAAGCAAAGUCUCCGGCAGGUAGCAGUGCUGGAGCCGUCGCCAGCGCCUCCACAGCGCCCGGAGAACGCACACCGACCGCCCACAACAAACAACUGCAGAAUGUCAAGGGCCAAGACCACCCGCCGCAUCCUUCCG